AUGGCGACGUCAUACUCGGCAUACCAAAAACUCCUCAGCGUCGGAACCAAAAUCGUCGCCGUUGGCCGUAACUACGCCGCCCACGCCAAAGAACUCGGGAACGCCGUCCCCAAAGAGCCGGUGUUGUUCAUGAAGCCAACGACGUCGUAUUUAGAGAACGGAGGCAAAAUUGAAGUGCCGGAGCCACUGGAGGCGCUGGAUCACGAGGUGGAGCUGGCAGUAGUCAUCGGUCGACGGGCUCGUGACGUGCCGGAAGCCACCGCCAUGGACUAUAUUGGAGGUUAUGCUCUUGCCUUGGAUAUGACAGCGAGGGAAAUUCAAUCUACUGCUAAGGUGUAA